UUAUUUGCGUUUUACAUUGACUGCAGGCGGAAAAGACAUCGAUUGUCGAAAAUAAGUUUUCAGAGCGUUUGAAAAAAAAACACGCGGAACUGUCUAAAAAUUAUCCCAGACGAAUUCAUCAGAUAGGAAAAAUGUCACGCAUCGAGUUGAUUGCUUUGGCACUCUUUGGGAUCGUCGCCAUGACAAGCUGCUCUCAUUUGCCAAUCAUCAAAGAAGCUUCAGUGCAGGAUUUGUUCGAGGAGCAGAGGAAGAAUAUUUGCGAGCAGUCGAUGCCUUGCAUGUGGGAGGUUUACGAGAGGGGACCGAGCUCUUAUUUCAUUCCAACAGAGCGACACAAUUUUCUGGGCUAUUCUCGAAGUCAUUUUUCCAAAGGUCAAACUGUCAACAGUUUGACCUUCGCUUUUAACAACGUGAAAACCUGCGAAAAAGGUCGAUGUUUAGAGGAAGCUUCCGUGCAGGAUUUGUUCGAGGAGCAGAGGAAGAAUAUUUGCGAGCAGUCGAUGCCUUGCAUGUGGGAGGUUUACGAGAGGGGACCGAGCUCUUAUUUCAUUCCAACAGACUGUCAUUGUCCAGAGGAUCUCCGAUGCAUGGUGAACUCCGAAGAACUGUCGGUGUCGGCAUACGUGUACACGUGCCAGCAACCCAAUCCAAUGUCCAGGAGGUACCCACUUGCUUCGUUCCGCGCGAAAAGGCGUUAUUUCUAUUGAAAUCGAGCAGAAUUAGCGGAAAAUUAUUAAUUUCGUUUUUGGCCGAAGGAAAACGAGGUUGAGGGGUGAUGCUAAGCUUAGGAGGAAGAAUCUCAUCUUGUCGCUUUGCUCCUAGUCAUUCGAUUCGAGACCCACAUUAUUUGCUUCUAUAUAGUCUGAUGGGAUUGAUUCGUAGAAAUAUUUUCAGGAAUGACUCAAUCCAUAUCCUCUAAAUGCAUGAAGCGUAAAAGCAAAGAUUUUUUUCAUUCUCAAAGAAUGAUUUUAACUCUUUCGCAGUUAAAUGCGUUGAAGAUCCGCGUCGGUACAAUUUUUAAAACUUCUCCGGCUGAAUUUCCUUUUUCUUUCUUUCCUUUGUUCGUCGUCUGUUAUAGAUACACAUAGCCGUUUGCCAAGUCCACGUCGCAUGAUUUCCGAAAAAGGAAUUUUAAAAAAUGGAGUAGAGAAUGCAUGAAUGCAAAAAAGGCAGCUCAUCAAGUGGCUCCAGCGUGCAGAUUUCCAGCAAAAAAAAUUUGAAAUGCAUUUCGCACAGCCUCGAAGAAGCAUGUGCUCUGAAGCGAGUUGGAUCUAGUUUUGCCUGCCAUGUUUUCUAUUUUUUGUUUGCAUGCGCUAUGAACCUUAUUGAGCCUUUUUUUUCAGCCUAGAACUGAAAUUUCGAAACCCCAUUGGUUGAUGGAAGAAGACGAGCAAAGUUUGCUCGAAGAAACAUGCAUGCCAAAAUGGAGAAAAUUUAUAAUUUAUUUGAAUGCAGAAAUAAGGUAUAUCAUUUUUCGUGGCCCAACUUUGACACGCAUAAUUUAGUUCGCUGCAGACGGUUGUUUUUAUUUUUAUUUCGCGUCUGCUAUUCAUUUUGUUUGGUUUUCGUAUUUAUUCUGUUUUGUUUGUGUAGUUUUUUACGUUUGCAGCGAAAACGUUGUCCGGAGUUUCGGGUUGUGUCAAAUUGUUUUUUUUUCUCGCGAAAAUUGCGUGAAAUAGAUUCUGUUUUACAAGUACGAUAUUGUACGGGACUCUCGUGCGUUGCACAUUUUUAUUUCAAGGUUGUGGUUUUUUAUUUCUUUCUGAAUUGGGUUCAUUUUCAUUGUUUCAACUUUUUCUUCUGCUGAAGUACAGUAUAUCGUAGCUGCUUCCGUUGUCAACAAUGUAUGGAAAUUCAUCGGAGAAGAAAUUAAUUUUUUUUUAUUCAAUCGAAGAAGAACGGAAACGUGAUGAAGGACAAUGUUCGUAAGAUUAAUAUUUAGAAAUUUGGAGCAACAAAAUUUUGCUUCCGAUUCUGAAGUGCUACAAUGAAUUCAUGAACUGGAAUGAUAAAACUGAUAUUGAAAUGCAAAUCAUUCAAUCAAUUUCUUUGCAUGGUUGUGUUUUGUUCUUCCUUGGGCAUAAAAAGACGUUACGG